AUGUCUGACAUACCCGCUGAUGUCAUCGUUUACGGUAUACUGACGAGAGUCCCAGCGAAGACUGCUGUCCAAUCCAAGACCGUGUGUAAGCAAUGGUGUGCGCUACUAUGUACACGUGACUUUGAAAGAGCUCACUCUUCCCAGUCAUCCGUACCCAACGAUCAACGAACACUCUUGCUUGACGACCUCAGCUGCCAUGUUCAUCCAAUGGAUUUCGAGACCGGCGAAUACGGCCCGCAUUCCGUACUCCCACUCCCAUUUCAAGGAGAAAAAGAAGUGUGGAUCCUGGCAAAUUUAGACGGAUUGCUAUGUGUGUGCUUGAGCCAAACACAUGAACUUCUCCUUUGGAACCCCACCACUGCCGCGUACAGGCAUUUAGCCACCCCCGCUGGCCAUGGUAUUUAUGAAGAUAACGCCGAUACCGUCGGGCUAUACAGUGACCCAUCCAACGAUUACAACCUCCUGCACUUAACACGAAGAUCAGGAGUGCUUGCAGCCCACAUCUAUUCGAGACAACAGGGAAACUGGCGAAAAAUAGCUUUCAAAACUAACCCUGCUUACCACACAUGCAAGUUCUGCUGGUCACCUGCUACUCUAUGUGACGGCACUUUAUACUUUACAAUUUGCGAGUGCUGGGUAGUGGGUAGAAAUGUUGUUAUUGGUUUUGACACCUCAACAGAGCAGGUGACGGAGAUCAGUUUCCCACAUGUUCCAUCCUCAGGGAUUUUCCAAGGGGUCUUAGUUACGGUGCGGAACUCUCUUCACAUGGUUCUUUGGACUGGCCGCGAAUACAUGUCGCUUUCCCUUUGGGCCCUACAAGGACAACAUUGGGUUAGGCUUUUGUCAACUCCUGCAGUCCCCCCUAUUUCGUUAUCGUUGUGGAUGACGAUAACACAUUACAUGACAAACGGAAGGUUUAUUAUGAUGCGCAACUCAAGAAAGGUUUUUGAGCUACGAGUGGACACCAAGGCCGUUGACUGUUAUUACGCAUGCAGCUGGUUUCGAGGUUACAUAGGAGCGGUUUACGCGGAGACAUUAGUCUCACUGUUUGCAGUGGCCUAG